GGCAAGAAGACAUCCAUCAACAAGAAUAGCAAAAAUAAGAGAAAGGGGGAAGAAGACCUGCACAAUAAGAUAACCACGAAAGCGCCGUCCGGACAACCAGGCAGGGGAACCACCUGACGAACCCACGACCUCCAGACCCUCCAGGGAACCUUCUGGAAGCACUUGCACGCCCUCCUCCGUCAGGAUGGGAGCCGAGGCAGACCCCAAUGCCAAGAAGGCAACGCCCGAGGAGCCCAAGAAGGGGUCGUUCAUCUCCAAGAAGCUGGUGAGGAUCGUGACGGUGAUAGCCUACGUCUCCGCAGUGUCCGGGGCAGGAUUCUUGCUCUCGAUCUACUACAUAUUCCUGUGGGACCCUCAGAUCAGGGGCGUGCGGCCCCCGGGAUACCUGCAGAGCGGAGAGAUGAUCGGCAUGCCCCAGGCGAGAGUGGCGUCCGUACCCGAAGCCUUGAAGGGAGGCGUGCCCAUCCCGUUCCCGCACAAGAUGUCUAAGGAGUUCAUGGAUGCCUACUACAGGAACGCCACCGAGGAGAGAGGCGAGGGCCAGGCAGCUGACGUGGUGAACCAGUCGACGUCGAAGGUUCCAGACCUCGCCGCCGAGCACGCAGCCAACAGCGGACACAACCCCCCCAUUAGCACUGCGGGGGUCAACUACCAUGGUCAAGACGACAGUUCCUUGCAGAAAAGUAACGCGGAACAGCUUCCAGCGAGGCCGCAGCAAGACCACCGCGAGCCACAACACCGCCGAGCACAGCACCACGAGCAGCGAGGACCUCCGCUCACCGCCAACGCCUGAGGCUGAAUCAGACGAGUCUUCGGACGCAACAGACACAAACACAAACAUUCUGAGAAGACUCACUUUCCCGCGAACCAUGCUACCUUGAAGCUCUCUUGUUUUCACGACCCAAACUGCCUUCCAGACCUCUUUCUUCCCCUACGACCCGAACUAUCUUCAAGCCCUCUUCGCCACGACUCAGACUACCCUUAAACUAUACUUUUCCACAACUUAAAGUACCUUCAAACGACAUAAUGCAAUCACGGGGAACGACCGCUUGGGCAGGAGCAGGAGAUUUCGUCAGUUGGCAGUUUGUCGACUUCCAAUGGCAUUUAUUGUGUAAAGAUCGACGUUGGAUUAGUACGGAAAGCUUUCAGAUCUUUCUCUCUUUUGUACUUUGUAUAGAUACCCAUUCGAAUACAAAUCCCCCUUUUUGAGAGAUGUAUAUAUCCCAGAGAGCAAUUUGAAAGCGUAUCCUAGGUGGUAAAUGCUCUAGACCCGUUGAAUACCUAGUAUAAUGUGUCCAUCUGCGAGAUACUGAGAACUGAGAGAAAAAAAUGAGAUAGCGUUUUGAGAAAGAUGGGAAUCGAGCAUAAUUGUUGCCAGUUAGUGCAAAGCAGGUCUUACAAUAUAUAUAUAAAUAUUUAAAACACAUGUAUAGAAUAUAUUCCUUCGUUAUGUUUACUGUUGGUUGAAUAAAAUAUGUCUAUGUA